CCUCAAGCAAGCGGUCGGCGGGAGUCAGAUACGAAAUACGUACGACAAGGCGGAAACGCUCGGACUCAGCAAUUGUUUCAACCUGGCACAUGGAGCGUCAAAACCUCCAACGUCGCUGCUGGUGUACCACAACCCUCCCUUGCUAAACCAUUCCAACACGACCGCAUUCCUUCAAUUCCCACUACAGCUAUUGGGGGCAGGUACACGCCACCAGCCACGCAUUACGCACGCUCGCGCCAAACAAACACACAAGAAGACAUCUCCCCACCUUUCUCCAUCCUUGGACCCUUGUCCGUCGAGUACCCCGUACCACGUCGACGUUCCGUUGUUUCCACUUGGCCUUUUGCGCACGAGAGUCAUGAAUGCUCCGCGACGGAAGCGCGCAGAACGGUGAUCGCUUGUAGAGCCCCGAAUACCGAUUCGAUAACCAAGUCAUCACCACAGAGGAGGCUGCGGAGGGUGCAACAUGAGCGGGGCACGGAAGUCCGGAUGGGGCUCGCUGCUAUCUGGCGCUGUCGCAGGCAUUGAGUCGCGACUCGAUACUAUACUGGCAGAAGAUGACCAGGCCAGCGCGAGGUCGAGAGCGGCUGACGCUGCUGCGAAGCAGAAGGCUGCCGAGGAGGCUGCGGCCGAGAAGCAGAGGUUGCAGGUUGAACAAGGUCUAUCACGGAACUCCUCUCGAAGCAGACCCAACUCUAGGUUACAAGACCGCCUGGCGAAGGCUGUAAACAAGGGCGGGGAAAGGCCCAGAUCAAGCAGUGGAGCUUCGUCCGAUAUGCCCUCGCGGCCCGAAAGCCCAGCAUUGCGGAGCCCGGCGGCUGUCUUCGACACGAGUAGAACAAGCAUAGAUUCGAGGGUAUCAGAAGCCGCCCUAGAGCUCCCACCUAGAGAUGACACAGCAAAGGCAGAUGAGACUCAAGUCGAAUCAGCAACACGGGCAUCCACCGAUUCUAUACCCAUGUCUCCACGGGCCACAUCAGUGAUAUCAGAACAGCCUACUUCAAUGGCCAUGCCCUCCAUGUCCAUCCCUUCAAUCCGAACCCCCCAGAAUACCUCCCCCCGCCAGUCCCUCGACAGCAUCCGUUCCCGCCCCUCCUUUGACAUCUCCACACCCGCCGACCUUGACCCUCCCACCUCGCGGUCUCCCGCAGCCGUCGAAGCCGAGUUCAUCUCGCUCCGAAAGACGCACGAAGAGAUGCUGCGCGACCACCGCGAAGAGCACAACUCACAUCUCGAGCGCAUCGACGCCUUACAAUCCAAGCUCACCUACCUCUCGCAACAACUCGCCUCCUCCGCCAAAGCGGCAGCCUCAUCCCCCGAAACCACACCCACGGACAAGAAGCUAGCAGAGAAAGAUGCGCAGAUAGCAGCACUAAUGGAAGAAGGUCAAGCCCUCUCCAAAACCGAACUCAAGCACCUCACCACGAUCAAGAAAAUGCGCACCAAAGCCCAGGAAACUGAUAAAGAAGUCUCCGUCCUCAAACAACGCUUGACCAAAGCUGAAAAAAGCAUUGGGGACGCUGUGGAGAGGGCUAGACGCGCUGAAGCUGCGGAAAAGGCGGCGCAGGAGAAACUCAAGAUCGUGGGCAGGAUUGAAAAGGAUAUUGAGAUUAUUAGAGCGGAGAGAGAGGAGGCUGGGCUGACGAUUGGCGAGCUGAGGAGGCAGCUAAAUGAUGCUCUGCAGAAGGCGGAGGAUGCGGAGAAGCGGGUGCAAAAGGGGGCGUUGGAGGCGGAGAGGAGAGUCACAGCGUCGUUGAAGGAGGAUAUCGACAAUCUGCGCAUCGAAAAGAAACUUGCCGAGGAUCGGGGGAAGAGAGAGUUGCAGGAAGUUCAAGAGGAGGCAACAAGACAGCAGGAGAGAGCUAAGGUCGUGGAGCUAGAAUUGCGCGGCGAGAUUGCUAAUCUUGAGACCAAACUGGAGCUCCUCAGGUCCCGUUCUGAAGAAGUCUCAUCCUCGGCAACAGGCGACUCACAAGCCAAACUCCUUCGACAAGUUGAGACUCUGCAAACUCAAUACGCACUCGCAUCAGAGAACUGGCACGGCAUCGAAAGCACCCUAACGUCCCGCGUCGCCGCGCUUGAAAAAGAACGUGACGAGACAGCAAAGCGUGAAUCUGAUAUACGGCGGAAAGCUAGAGACGUGAAUUCAAAAGCACGGCGCCUAGAAGACGAGCUAGAAAGCAUCAGCGACCACGCUCGCACCCUCGAACAGGACCUCUCUGAACAACGUACCCAGACACAAAAACUUCAAGCCCGUCUGGCGCAUGCAGAAACCGCGACGCAAGACGCGCGCGCCGAUCUAGAGCGCGAGAAGAAAGUCUGGGAAGCCGAUCUACAGCACCGAAUCGAAGAAGAAAAAGCAAAAUGGCGGUUGGAAAUGCAAUCACAUUCUCUGUCUGCAGAAUCUAACUUCCUGCGCACGGAUUCGCCAUCUGCCAUGAACCGAAAACACUCCCCCGACCUCCUCGGUCUGCAUGGCCGACGACCAAUGCCGCGGUCGAUUUCCACAACAGAUAUGCCGCUAAGUCCUAUGGACCGCAUCUUCGAUGAUCGGCGACCGACGAGUAGCCGAAAAUCUUCACAUCAGCCACGGACGCCUGAGAUGGGGACGCCGGCGCGUCAGGACUCUAUUCCGUCUUCGUUGUCUAAUAUGAAUGGUGCUAGUUUGUCUCAGACACCGUCUAUCCAUACUUUUGACCACGACGAACCCUUCGAAAACACGUCCUCACCUCACCGUACCAUCAACGACAUGAUCAGCGUAUCUACCGUCGGUGCUGGUCCCUCCGUCCAACUCGUAGAGCGUAUGAGCGCUGCUGUCCGUCGUCUAGAGUCUGAAAAAGCAACGUCCAAAGAGGAGAUGGCGCGGUUGAUGGCACAGCGGGAUGAAGCACGUGAGGAGGUCGUUGCCCUGAUGCGGGAGGUCGAGGAGAAGCGGGUCCAAGAUGAGAAGAUGGAGAAGAUGGAAAAGGAGUUGAGGAGUAUGGAUGAGCGAUAUCAGACCACACUUGAAAUGCUUGGGGAGAAGAGUGAGAGGGUUGAUGAGUUGAUGGGGGAUGUGCAAGAUUUGAAGAAGAUUUAUAGGGAUUUGGUCGAGUCGAGACUAUGAAUUGGUCUAGGGUUCCUCCUGAGUGCAUGGCAUGGUAUGGCACGGUAUGGCACUUGUUUGGCGGCAUUAGAGCUUGGGUGCUUGGCUGUGUCUGGUGUCUGGUGCCUGGUGCCUGGUUUGCAGUUUUCUGAUUCUUCAUGGUCUGGCACCGACCGAUUUCUUCAAGUUUGAUAGGCGUGGAAACAUCAACAAUUAUUGUAGUCGUAGUUUGCUUCAGCUUCUUUUUCUACCUUCGGGGUUGUGGACAUCUUGG